AGCAUCGUUUCUGCCAUUUCCGCCAUUUCCUAAACGCGUUUCUCGCCGUUGAUCCGUCCGUCUCGGAACAGUCAGUUGUUCACGGGCUUCUUCAGCGUACGGACGUGCGUGUGUGGCGAGUGUUUGGCGUGUUUUCUGUCGCCUACGGAGUCGCGUUUUCGCUAACGAACGCCCUACCGUAGCUUCCAUAUUCAAUGUGUAUGGCGAUUCAGUUUCCUGGUGAGUGCAUCCUCACAUACAUGGAGUUUCAGUUGGAUAGCGCAGAAUACUGCCAGGCUCAACACAAAUAGAGAGACACGCCCACAUACUCCCUGACAAUUAUUAGAUAUCGCUAAAGAGAGGAAGACAGAGGAAGGAUAGAAACAUCUUGGAGGGAGAGAAGGAUAUUAGAAGUAAUAGAGAAUUAUCACCGGGGAAGCCAGAAAAAAUCAUCAACUAGUCAUCACACAAGACAUAGAAGAAUUUAAUAGAAAUUAUUAAUUUACCUUAUAGUAGAUGCAAACGUCAUAGAUUACUGAGCGCACCUGUCACAGGAGCACCCAGUGCCAAAUAGGUAAUCUUCCGUGAAAUAUUUAGUCAAAAAGUCUCAAGUUGGAAGAAUAAAGCGCAUAUCAACAUCGCCUAAUGUGACCUAACCCUUGUUUUUUCGGCCACGUUUAUACCCCGACCUUUCUUAAAAUCUACAUGUAAACGCCCACGGUUCUGUCCUCUGUAAAAAAAUAAAAUAUUUCUAUUAGUUAAAUGAAAAACAACUUUAUAAGACUGACAUUUAAUGGGCUAAGUUGUCAAAUCCAGCCUUUGUCGCUUCGUAUAGUGUGGCACACGUACGAGAUUCUAAGAGACACAACAAGAUCUUUAAGAGUUAAAAACAAUAAGAGGAGAUAAAUAUAUAUAACCAUUUCUGUGGUUAAGAAGGAAAUGAGCAACAUGAGGGUGAAGGAUAUCAGACCGGCGCCCGCCGAGAUUGAAUACAAAAACAUGAAGUUCCUCAUUACUGAUCGGCCCAAUGAUCAAACCAUCCAUACUUUUAUUCAAGAACUGAAAAAGCACAAUGUAAAGGAGGUGGUAAGAGUCUGCGAACCAACGUACAAAGUAGAGGAACUCAAAUCAGAAGGGAUCAAUGUGAUAGAUUUGGUAUUCGAUGAUGGUACAUUUCCACCAAAUGAGGUGGUGGAUGUAUGGUUUGAGUUGUUAAAGAACCGAUUUCGGGAAUCGCCUGACGCAUGUGUGGCUGUGCAUUGUGUCGCAGGUCUUGGUAGAGCACCGGUCUUGGUUGCGUUAGCUCUCAUUGAACUUGGGCUCAAGUUCGAAGAUGCUGUUGCCCUUAUCAGAGAAAAAAGACGAGGCGCCAUAAACGCGAAGCAGUUAACUUUUCUUGAAAAAUAUCGUCCUAAGUCUCGAUUGAAGCUCAAGAAUGGACAAAAAAAUUCCUGCUGCAUCCAAUAGAUCAAAGAACUUUUAGAAAAGGAGAAGAAAGAAGAUGAAAAAAAAGUCACUAAUUCAUACUGAUUGGUAUAAAUGUGUAGAAUUUUGCGCCUGACAACAAGUGGCAUAUUGUAGCAAAUCUGUUCUGAAUGGUCUAUCACUGGAAAUGCAACGGUGAUAAGUAUCAACCUUUGAGGCAUAUUUCGCAUUACCUAAUUUUAUAUUCCGAAAUGAGUCAUUAACAGGGGAAUUCGCUUCAAAAUAUAUCGUUGCUAUUUCCUUUUAUGAAAAUGAACCAUGUUAUUUUUGAUACUCGAUCAAUAUUGACCAUGGAAGAACAAAAGUUAAGUCUUGAAAUGGUAAUAACUAUUUGAAAACAAAAAAACACAAUUGACUAUAUUAUUGCCAUUUAGCCUUACUGAUUUGUAAGUCAUGACGUGAGAGUUAUGUACAAAUUCGUACAUUAUGUAAUAUAUACUCAUCUUUUUUUUUCAAUAUGAGACCAAAAUCCUUUAUCAACUAUUGUAAUGAAUGAAGAGAAAAUAUGAUUUAUCCAAUUAGAAAAAUGAAAUGUAUGUAGGAAAAAAUUGUAGCUGUAAUGAAUCAAAUGAAUGUAACACACAUCCAAUACAUUGUCGAUUUGUUUUGUAUUUUAUUGGAAUAGUAAAUUAUGUUGCAUUUGUGAUAUAUAUGUACACACAGAAAAAAGAGAUACAUAAUUCGCGAAUAUCAUCUAAAACAUGUGUGUGUGCUACAUAAUAAACAAUUGUAAAAUUAAAUUUUAAGAUUGAAUAAGAUAUUAUUUAAAGAAGUAUUCUUUAUAAAGUGUCAAGAUGUGUGAAAAUAUCCGAAUCGGAAUCUUAAUAUCUAUAUAGAAUUAUAUUUCUUUAAACAAAAUAUGUCAAAGCAAUCUUGUUUUGAGAGAGGCAGAGAGAAAGGAAGAAAUAUGAUAUUACUAUUUAGGAAGAUUUUAUAUACAAAUUUUUCGCAGCAUGCGAUCGAAAUAAAAUAAAAAUACAUGUAUAUGUAUUAUUCUUUAAAAAGAAAAAAAAUGUGGCUUUUCAGAUAAAUGUUUUCGAUACAAUGUAUCAACUUUGCCAAGUAUGAAAUUUCGGGAUGCUCAAUGUGAAAAAUUAUUUCUAUGAUGAAUCAAGAUAUAACAAAAGAUUAUUAAUUUUACGCUAAAGGAGUAUGUAGGCAUAUUAAAUACAUUACACUUAUAAAAUGACAUUGCAAUAUACCAAAACCAGUGUCCUUUUCUUCUUUUUUCAUUUACAUACAUUAUGUGUAUGUUUUAAUUACAGUUAAUAUUAAUUUUAAUUAACAAAACAUUGGACGAUAAUAAUUUAUGCUUGCAUUGUAUAUUUUGAUACUUGGCACAAAUGUUUGAUAGAUGAAAUCUGAAUCGCAACAUUAGAGCUGUAAAAGAAUUUUUAAUGAAAUUUAAGAUUAUCAAUUUGAAGAACGAAAGAGAAAUACAUUGCGUUGCAUUUCCAAUGGCAUGCCGAACCGCUGAUGGAUGUUUUUAACUCUUAUUGGACUUGGAAUCUGCGUUAACUUGAAUGAUGGAUAAUGAGAAACUAAUGUGAAGCAAAUCACUCCAGAGCUGUAUAUCACGUAUUACCGUAGCUCAAUGACAAUUUCACCAAAACUUUUGCAUAUCUAACUUUUAGUCAAAGUAGAUUUUUCAAUCUGAUACAAGCAUAUUAUGUAAAGUCAUCAUCGUCUUUUAUUUUGGUAAAAUUGUCAAUGAUGCUGUGUACGCCACACUAAACUGUGUUCAAAGGAUAGAAAAAUUCACUCGCGUAAAAUAAUAACGAAUAUAAUUAACUUAGAACAUUUCACGCGUGUCUGCUGAUUUUAUGUGAAUGUACGUUAUUUUAUACUUAUAUACCAUCUUUGUUUCUAAUUGUUUUGCUCAACAAUAGACGCGUGCGCGCGCGCGUUCCGGAAAUGAAACUAUUGCACAAUGACACGCGGCAAUCAAGUCUGGUUGCUACGUGUUUUGCUACAAUUAACCAAACAAAUUUAAUUGCUACGAAACACCCGAGAGAGGCACUGUUGUGUUUCAGAAUGUGACAACAAUGAUUACGUAUCAUUAUACGUUUGUUAAUCGUGUAUUUGGCAAUUUAUCUUUUAUAGUAAGCUUUGUAACUAAACAUCGUUAACACAAUUGACUUGUAAUCGAUUAUUUAGCUACCAAAUAGACGACAGGAGACAACUUUACCUUUAGUUACUUAUACAUGUUCUUUAAUGAGUGACAAUGGAGUACAUUCACUACAAUCGCAGACUCGAAUCGAAAAUUAAAAUCUGGUGCCGCUGCUUUUUUUGUAAUAUUAAAAACUGCAAUAUUUUUUACCAGAGGAUGGGACGAGGGAUAUAUUCGGAUAUAUAUAAAAGCAAAUGAUCCAACCUUAGAUGCAAAAGUACCAUUACUUUUACCCGUUUAAUUCUAGUUCAAUUGUAAUAAUUAAAGCAAUUAACAUACAUGUUAUUUUUAAUACAGUCCUUUUCGAAAGAAAUUAUGCCGAUAUUCGUGAUGGAUAUUAUCUUAACAGUUACCAGUAUAAUUUUCAUUAUCUUUUUCUUCGUUUUUAAUCCUUGCGCAUCGAUUCACUUCUUCAACAAGGUGUAUAAUUAAAUCGCUAAAUAAUUAGAAAUAUUAACUAUUUUUUUUUAUAUCUGUGAUAAUUUUUAUGUGCAUAAAAAGUAUAGAUUGAGAAGCAGGACUAGGACUGUGGUUAUCGAAGCUGUGAUGCUAACAGUUGUAGAAAAUUAUGCACAUUGAUGUUUUAUUUGAAAUUAAAUGUCCAAUUACAAUAUAAUGUGUAAAAAUUAUUCUGCUGUGCAAUAAUGCUUAUUUAUAAAUGAGAUAAAAAAUUAGUAGAAUAUCUUAUUUCUCGAAGAAAUGAAUCGAAUCGCUGCAAAAAUUAAUAUUACUCGAAAAAAAUAAAUGCAAUUGUAGUUAAAAUUGUCUUUUCUAAAUAGUUACUUGAUGUCAAUCUAAAGAAUACAAUAAUUUUAUGUAUUGAUCUCUUGUGUUUAAUCAUACGUCUAAUGUGAAUAUUUCAAGGAAGAACAAUUUAGAUAGCAAAGAAAUCCUCUAUUUUGAACCGACAUAAUAAAAUAAAAACAAACACUCCCUACAAAUUGAUUAAGCAAGAAAUAAAAGUAACGAGUUAGCGCAAUUUAAACAAAGUUCACCGUUUAUUUUCUCAAUAUAAUUUCCUAUCUAUUAUUACACAAUUACUCUUAGUUAAAUUAAACAAGAAAUCGUUUUGUUACACUGUAAACAUUAAUAAUGAAAUAAAAAGGAAUGGAAGUUGUUUUGUGAAGAAA